AUUGGCAGGGUAAAAAACGUGAACAUGCCUCGUAGCCCGACUUCCAGUGAAGAUGAAAUGGCACAAAGCUUUUCUGACUAUUCUGUUGAAUCUGAAUCAGACAGCUCCAAAGAGGAAACUAUUUAUGACACAAUUAGAGCAACUGCAGAAAAGCCAAGCAGCAGAAUGCAAGAGGGUCAGAGCAACACAUUAGUCAUUCGAAUUAUCAUCCCUGACCUGCAGCAAACGAAAUGCAUUAGAUUUAACCCAGAAGCUUCAGUGUGGGUUGCAAAGCAACGAAUUUUGUGCAGUUUGAAUCAGAGUUUGAAAGAUGUCCUGAAUUAUGGACUGUUCCAGCCUGCAAGCAAUGGCAGAGAUGGGAAAUUUUUGGAUGAAGAAAGACUUCUCAGGGAAUACCCACAGCCAGUGAAUAAAGGAGUUCCUUCACUGGAGUUUCGAUACAAGAGAAGAGUGUACAAACAGUUCAAUCUGGAUGAAAAACAGCUGGCCAAGCUUCAUACCAAGGCUAAUUUGAGAAAAUUUAUGGAUUAUGUCCACCACCUCUCAGUGGAAAAAAUCACAAAAAUGUUGGACCGAGGACUGGACCCCAACUAUCAUGACCUGGAAAGUGGAGAAACACCCCUGACUUUGGCAGUUCAGCUUGACAAUACGGUAGAAGUGAUAAAAGCUCUGAAAAAUGGAGGAGCACAUUUAGAUUUCAGAGCCAAAGAUGGAAUGACAGCUCUGCACAAAGCAGCCAGGGCCAAGAACCAAGUAACCCUCAAGACCCUUUUAGAGCUUGGAGCAUCUCCUAACUACAAGGACAGCUGUGGCCUGACACCACUGUACCACACAGCCAUUGUGGGAGGGGAUCCCUACUGCUGUGAACUGUUACUUCAUGAACACGCCACAGUCAGUUGCAAAGAUGAAAAUGGAUGGCAAGAAAUCCAUCAGGCUUGCCGAUAUGGACACGUCCAACAUCUAGAGCACCUCCUCUUCUACGGCGCCGACAUGUGUGCGCAGAACGCCUCAGGAAACACAGCGCUGCACAUCUGCGCCCUGUACAACCAGGAGAGCUGUGCAAGAGUGCUGCUGUUCCGGGGAGCCAACAAGGAGAUUAAGAAUUACAACAGCCAGUCUCCAUUCCAGGUGGCUAUAAUAGCUGGAAAUUUUGAGCUCGCUGAAUAUAUCAAGAAUCACAGGGAAGCUGAUAUUGGAACCUGCAUCCCAUAUCCAACUAGAAGUCCCCGGAAUCUGUUGCUGGCAGUGCCCUUUAGAGAGGCUCCCACCUAUUCCAACAAAAGGCGGAGACCCCCGAGCACCUUGGCAGCCCCUCGGAUCUUGCUGCGUUCCAACAGCGACAACAACCUCAACAUCAACAACCUCCCUGAGUGGUCAGCCUCCUCCUCUGCUUCUUCACACCGCAGCCUUUCACCUCAUCUGCUUCAACAGAUGCAGAAUAAUCCUAAUGGAACUGUAAAAACUGUGGGGAGUUACACUUCUUCCUCCCGGAGCCGGUCGCCAUCCCUGAACAGGCUGGGAGAGGAUGUCAAACGGCAGCAGCACAGGCACAUCAGUGCCGUUUACAGUCCUAGUGCCAACAAGGAUGCUCUGGCUGCCUUGGAUUAUCAGGGUCCCAAACGCAAGCUUUACAGUGCUGUACCUGGAAGACUUUUUAUUGUUGUGAAGCCAUAUCAACCUCAAGGGGAAGGGGAGAUUCAUCUGCACAAAGGAGACAGAGUCAAACUGUUAAGCAUCGGUGAAGGUGGAUUCUGGGAAGGCAGCACCCGGGGACAUAUUGGCUGGUUUCCUGCAGAAUGUGUUGAAGAAGUUCAGUUGAAACCAAAUGAAAGCAAACCAGAAACACGAUCAGAUAGAACAAAGAAACUGUUCAGACACUACACAGUUGGAUCCUAUGACAGCUUUGAUGCUUCAAGUGACUGCAUAAUAGAAGAAAAGGCAGUGGUCCUGCAGAAAAAAGACAAUGAAGGAUUUGGAUUUGUGCUCAGAGGGGCAAAAGCUGACACACCAAUUGAAGAAUUCACCCCAACUCCAGCCUUUCCUGCUUUGCAGUACUUGGAAUCGGUGGACGAAGGGGGAGUAGCAUGGCAAGCUGGCCUGAGAACUGGAGACUUUUUGAUCGAGGUUAAUAAUGAGAAUGUAGUGAAAGUUGGCCACAGGCAGGUGGUGAACAUGAUUCGACAAGGGGGCAAUCACCUAGUUCUUAAAGUUGUCACAGUAACCAGGAAUCUUGAUCCAGACGACACAGCUAGAAAGAAAGCCCCACCACCUCCUAAGCGAGCUCCAACCACUGCACUGACCUUGCGGUCUAAGUCAAUGACCUCAGAGCUUGAAGAGCUUGUGGAUAAAGCUUCAGUACGGAAGAAGAAGGAUAUUCUCCCUUCACAUUUUGAAGGUUUGAAGAAGAGGAUUGUUUUUCGAGUCACACUAAAUAAGGUGGAUGAAAUAGUACCAGUUUCCAAGCCAUCAAGAAUUGCAGACAAUGCAACUGUGGACUCAAGAGUGGCAACUAUUAAACAGCGGCCUUCUAGUAGAUGUUUUCCCUCCGCUACAGAUAUGAAUUCCAUGUAUGAGAGACAGGGUAUUGCUGUGAUGACGCCCACUGUACCGGGGAGUUCUCAAGGUCCUUUUCUGGGUAUACCUCGGGGUACAAUGAGAAGACAAAAAUCUAUAGGAAUAACAGAGGAAGAACGGCAGUUUUUGGCUCCUCCUAUGCUGAAGUUCACCAGAAGUCUUUCAAUGCCUGACACCUCUGAAGACAUCCCACCACCACCACAGUCCUUACCUCCUUCGCCGCCGCCGCCGUCUCCCUCUCUGUACAACUCUCCCAAAUCCCCAACAUCGAGGAGCUACGGAACAAUUAAGCCUCCGUUUAAUCAGAAUUCAGGUGCAAAAAUUUCUUUGGUCAGGCCUGAGAGUGUGGGAACGAUGAUAAGGGACAAGGGGAUCUAUUACAGACGAGAACUGGACCGAUACUCCCUGGACUCUGAAGACCUGUACAGUCGGAGUGCCGCAUCUCAGGCAAAUUUCAGGAAUAAGAGGGGUCAGAUGCCAGAAAACCCAUAUUCUGAGGUUGGGAAGAUUGCAAGCAAAGCAGUUUACGUGCCAGCCAAACCAGCGAGGCGGAAGGGGAUGCUGGUGAAACAGUCCAAUGUUGAAGACAGCCCGGAAAAGACCUGCUCUAUCCCAAUCCCAACGAUUAUUGUGAAGGAGCCGUCCACCAGCAGCAGUGGGAAAAGCAGCCAAGGGAGCAGCAUGGAAAUCGAUCCGCAGUCCUCGGAGCAACCUGGGCAACUCCGACCUGAUGACAGCUUGGGUGUCAGCAGCCCGUUUGCAGCAGCCAUUGCUGGGGCAGUGAGGGACAGGGAAAAGAGGCUGGAAGCAAGGCGGAAUUCUCCAGCCUUCCUUUCCACAGACCUGGGAGACGAGGAUGUUGGACUUACGCCGCCAACACCACGGGCGAGGCAAUCGAAAUUCACCGAUGAAGCAGUGUUUAUUAGUGAAGAUGGUUUUAGGCAGCUUAUGUCUCCCUCUCCAAUUCCUGCACCUAGAGAGCCUGAAAAUCUGUUUAACAGCGGCGAGCCCAGCAAUCAGAGCGACUCCAGGACAUCAAAUGCUUCAUCCAAAACGAAAGGUACUGAAAACAGUACAGUGGCAGCUAAGCCCACGAAUGCACCCAGCUCAGAUAAUUAUGUUCACCCUGUCACAGGAAAGCUUUUGGAUCCAAACUCACCGCUAGCCCUCGCUCUCUCUGCCAGGGACAGAGCCAUGAAAGAACAAACACAGCAGAUUCCAGGCAAAGGAGACGCUGUUAAAGCUGACCUUAAUAAACCACUUUACAUCGAUACAAAGCUGAGACCCAACAUUGAAAUGACUUUUCCUGUUACUGCUACUGUCUCUAGGCAAAAUACUCGUGGCCCUUUGAGACGGCAGGAGACCGAGAACAAGUAUGAAGCAGAUGGAGGGAAAGAAAAGAAAGCCGAGGAGAAGAAAAACAUGUUGAUAAACAUAGUGGAUACUUCGCAGCAAAAGUCAGCUGGCUUGUUGAUGGUCCAUACCAUGGACACAGCAAAGCCAGAUGACACGCCCGAAGAUGAAGAGGAAAAGGGAGCUGAAAUGGAACCCAACCCUGAAAGCUCCCAGCCAGAGAGGCCCGAGGGGGGCGAGGAAGCAGAGAGUGAGCUGAGCGUGCCGGCUGUGCCCGAGCCGCCCACAUCUCCCUGCAAAACCAUCGUAGCAGCCGGCUCGGUUGACGACCCCGUCAUCCUGCCGUUCCGCAUCCCUCCGCCGCCCUUAGCAUCUGUGGAUAUCGAUGAAGAGUUCAUGUUUACUGAGCCACUUCCACCCCCCUUAGAGUUUGCCAACAGCUUUGAUAUCCCCGACGACCGCGCAGCUCCCGGUUCAGCUCUAACGGACUUGAUUAAGCAACGAAAAAAUGGCGCCCCUUCACCCGCGCCCUUUGCCCCCGGCCAGCCAACUAAUUCCUUGGACAGUAAAAAGCAAGUGGGUCUUUCAAACUGUUUGCCUGCCUCCUUUCUGCCACCCCCUGACAGCUUUGACAACGUCACUGACUCUGGGAUUGAGGAGGUAGACAGCCGAAGUAGUAGUGACCAUCACUUAGAGACAACCAGCACUAUCUCAACGGUGUCCAGCAUCUCUACCUUAUCCUCGGAAGGGGGUGAGAACGUGGAUACUUGUACAGUCUAUGCAGAUGGGCAAACAUUUCUGGUGGACAAACCCCCAGUACCUCCUAAGCCAAAAAUGAAGCCCAUAAUCAACAAAAGCAAUGCACUUUACAAGGACGCGCUGAUUGAAGAAGCUGUAGACAGCUUUGUUAUUCCUCCCCCUGCUCCGCCCCCCCCUCCCAUCAGUGCUCAGCCCAACAUGGCUAAGGUUGUUCCCCAAAGGACAUCUAAGCUAUGGGGUGAUGUGACGGAGGUGAAAAGCCCAAUUCUCUCAGGCCCAAAGGCUAAUGUUAUUAGUGAAUUGAACUCAAUACUCCAGCAAAUGAACAGAGAGAAAUCCUCAAAGCCAGGGGAAGGAUUGGAGUCACCUACUGGAACAAAAACUGCAAGUCUCAGUACAAGGAGCACGGAAGUCAUGAGCACUGUCUCAGGUACACGAAGUACAACAAUCACUUUUACUGUCCGACCUGGAACCAGCCAGCCGAUCACACUGCAGAGCAGGUCCCCAGACUAUGACAGUAGGACCUCAGGAGCAAGACAUGCUCCAAGCCCUGUGGUUUCACCAACAGAGAUUAAUAAAGACAUCAUGCCUGCUCCUCUGAGUGCUUCUGCUUCAGCUUCAUCUCCUUCACCAACUUUGUCCGAUGUAUUUAGCCUACCCAGCCAGCCCCCUUCUGGGGACUUAUUUGGCUUGACCACAGGGCGCAGCAGGUCUCCCUCUCCCUCCAUAUUGCAACAGCCAAUCUCAAAUAAGCCUUUUACAACUAAGCCUGUCCACCUGUGGACUAAACCAGAUGUGGCAGAUUGGUUGGAAAGUCUAAACUUAGGUGAACACAAAGAAACAUUUAUGGACAAUGAAAUAGAUGGCACUCAUUUACCAAAUCUACAAAAGGAAGAUCUGAUAGACCUUGGAGUGACUAGAGUUGGGCACAGAAUGAACAUAGAAAGAGCUUUGAAACAGCUGCUGGACAGAUAAGAAUAGCUAUUUUGCCUCACAAACUUCUGUUGAUAACUAGAGAUGGGCUGGUACUGAAAUACCCCAAAUGCCUUGUCUGUCUGCGAGUGCCAGCAAAUUUGGGGGGGGAGGGGGAAAACAGUUGAAUUCCUGGUACUCAGGUAAUGCAGACUGGAUGCUACAUGCCCAGACGUAAAUCCAAACAUGUUACACGAGUGGGGCCAUUUUAUUUCAAAAUUGUGGGGAGAUCUGAGAGAGAGAGAGAAAAUUGUUAACUUCAAAAAUAUUACCUCUUGAUAAUGCCCUUCUGCCAGAACCAUUACAAACCACUUUUCUUUCAAUUUAAAAUGGCAAGCAUUUAAUUUCUUUCUUGAAAAGCUCUAUUUUUCUCUUCUUGGCAUGAAGUCUCCAAGCAGGCUUCCUCCCCCAGCCCUUAGUUCAUUUUAAGAAGACAGGUGAUUGCUUCCUUACCCUUCCAAGCCACUUUUACUAGUAGCAGGGGCAGGAUGUUAAGAUGGGUACAGGAGUUCAUAUGACUGUUUUUUUUUACUAGUCUAGCUCUUUGAUUUGUUGGCAGUGAAGCUGGUUGUUCUGCUGGAAUUAUUUCAAAGGUAACCUUGCUCUGUUUUACCUGGUAUUUCUUUAUUUCUGCAGUUAUACUUAGCACUCUUCCAAGGUGGCAGAACAAGUUCAAUACAUGCUCCAUUGGCUUGACCUGUAAGACGAUGCAGACGUUGCAUAAAACCCGAGGAGGAAUGUGCACACUUAGAGGUACAACAAAAUGAAGCUAGUUUGAACCUGAAACCCCCAGUUUUCAACCAGCUAAACUACUGCUCAGUCGCAAUAUGAACUCCACAAGCCAGUAAAAGCUUGAGGCUGUGUCCAGACUCACCUUUUUGGACUUCACAGUCAGAUACUCGAGUGUGCUGAACCCUGAGAGAUGCUGUUUAAUUCAGUGAGUGGUAAGUGCUUAGUUAUUUUAAAUAGCAGGCCAAGAGAGAAGGGAAAGAGAGGGGAAUGUUUCCAUUGAAGUCAGUGGGAAGGUUGCCAGGAUUUUAAGUGAGAGGGGAUUUCAGCGUGUUGGCAGGAAUGGAAAAGUUUCAGCUUGUUGAAAAAAGGGUUAAAAAGGUAAUGCUGAGGUGGAAAGAGGCUCCUAGUGUCUCAGAAGGUGUGUGUUCCAAGGGUCAGGAGACGUGGGUAGGUAUCCAGUGUCUCCUGUUUAGCAGCGUUAACAGGUAUUGGCUUCUGGACAAGGACAGCAGGCUGAGCCCUUCGGGGGGGAGCUGGAUCCUGCCCCUGGGCCUCCAGCCAUUUCUUUGCCUGGCUGUUAGUGAGCCCUCCUGGGAACCAGCAUGGACUGGGUGGUGAAGGGAAGGAGCUCCAGAGCUUUCCAGGAAACUUCAGUCUGCAGGGGGGAACACACAGAUUUGGUUCAUCUGACCUUUUUUUUUGUCACCCUUUUUUUAAAUUUUUUUUUUUAAAGUUAACAAAUCUCUCUCUGCAUGUUUGAACUCCCCUUGUAAUUAACACCUCUUAAUAUCUGUGAGUUUUGUAGGUCUUUAUUAACAUAAUAUUCAAGACGUUCAAGGUAGGUAAGUUGUGUGUGGAUGGCUAGACUGCCUACCUACCAUACUUUCAGGUUCUCUUACAUUUUGCAAGGCACCUGAACUUUCUUUCCUUGAUAUGGUCCUUGAUAUGGUCCAGCCUAUCUCUAAUUUUUUUAUUGUGAUUAUUUUUUUGCUCACAAACAAGUGUCUAAUUAGGUCUGCAACAGCCCUAGUAUGAGUACAUAAAGUUUAGCAUUUUAAAGAUCUUUCUUUACUGCAAGUUUAAAUAGUUGUACAGAUAGUUUAUAAGCACAAUAUUUUAAGAAAAUAAGUGGCUGGUCUACUGGGCAGCCUUUGUGCCACUUCAGUGCUAGAGAGUUAAAAACAAAACAAACAAAAAAAAUACAAACAAAAAAAAAAAUACACAACUUUUGUGGUUUACUACUAUUUCUGUGGAAUAAUUAUAAAGUCUUGACCUUUUUAAACUCAACCUCAUUUGGAUGCAUCUGAACCAGCAGAGCUGUGUUAUAUUUUCUAUCUUUGCUAGAACUUCUACAGAGGAGGAUGAAUAUUUCUUCACAAGUGGUUGUAGUUACCAACGCAUUGGAUACUCAUAAAAAGCAACUCGUUUAGCCUCCUGCCCCCUUUAUGGAACAACAAAUCUUUUGACUUAACAUCUGUUGCUAUAUUUGUAUUUGAAAGUUCCAAGUAACCUUGUAAUAAAAAUCAAGUACUGAGGCAUUUGACUUUCAGGAGUGCUGCAUUUUUCCAGAGGUGGUGUAGAAACUGGCAGUUUCAUUCAGAUAGUUGCUCCAGGCAACUUGAGGCCAUCAAAUACUUUUAAGAAGUGUAAAAAUGGUAAUUUAGCCAUCAUUGUCUUCCAUUUGGUGAUAUGACAGAAUUCAGUAAAUAAACCACUAAUGCCAUGCUCUUUUUUUUAUUUCUUUGGGUACAGUUGCUAUUACCUCUAUGAUACGUGCCAGAAAAUACGUUCGCUAGAAAAUACGGUAGUAAAAGCAAAUGUAGAAGUUGACUUUUAAGCUGCUUUUUAAUCACAACCUUCUUGUUGAAUUUAUGUUGACCAAGUGCUGACAUACACAGUAAACUACAGUUGAUGGAAAUCCCUUUUUUUUACACAGGUGUGUUUCUUGCUCGUGUAUCUUUUCAGGUACUGGGAGAAUAGGUACAACACAAUGAGUAGAAAAGAGGUUUGACCCAUUAAAGAGCUAACGAAAUAGUUUAUCUUUUACAUUGUGUCUUACAAAGUAAAGGUAAGGAGACCUGAGAGGACCUACCUGCACCAAUAAAUACACCUCUGCCAAGAUGAAUUGGUCUCUAGCUCUGGGGGAUGGUUUUGCUACAGAAAGCAAUAGUAACAGAUACGACGUUGCCUCCGAGUAUUUUUCAUCAGCCUGGAAGUGUUGGGGGGGGGGGAGGAGAGAAGGCCCAUUUAUUUCCUGCUACUAUGAUAGUGAAAACCAAGUUGUUAGAGAUCUAUGAAAUACGUUAUGAUAUUCUGGGUUUUAGGAUCAACUUUUGUUUAUAUACUGUAAUUUAAAUAAAUUGCAUUUACAUGCCUAGUUUCUGUAAUAUUUGUGUAUACAAUACCGAAACCUUACAAGAUGUAAAUUGUGUAUAACUGCACAGACUCCUUUCCCUAGGUGUCUGAGAACAUUUUCAGUUUGAUUCAUAUAUUAUAAAAUGACUAGAUGUGACUGUUGAUUUACAGAAUUUACAUAUCACAAAAGUUAACUAUUUGUGGUACUUAAGUUAAUUUAAAAAAAAAAAAAAUAGUGAUUUUAUUUUUUCCUCGGUUCUUAAAAAAAAAUAAGCAUUACCCAGUUGAUCUGGCAAUGAUUAUGUGUAUGAGCCACAAAUAUUGAUAAUUUUUCCAUUACAUUUUUUUCUUUUCUUUUCUAGAUAUUAAUCUGUUUCUCGCUAUAGUUUGUGUAACAACUUGUGUUCACCUUCUCUAUGUUGCUGUAAUUUUUGUGCUUUAAUUCCUCUUAUUUCGACUGAUUGAAAAAAAAAAAAAAAAAAAAAAGAGAAUCAAGCUCCUGUAACUUGCACUUUUCCCCACUCCUUAAUACUCUUGUAUGGCAACCAAAAUUACUGUAAGAAAUAAAUAUCAUAUUGCA